CGCGGAAUGAAAGGGGACACCGUGAAUGUGCGGCGGAGUGUCCGGGUGAAAACCAAGAACCCACCUCACUGCCUGGAGAUCACGCCACCGUCGUCAGAAAAGCUGGUGUCAGUGAUGCGGCUAAGUGACCUCUCUACAGAGGAUGACGACUCGGGUCACUGUAAAAUGAACCAUUACGAUAAGAAGAUUGACAGUCUAAUGAACGCGGUUGGUUGUCUCAAGUCGGAGGUCAAGAUGCAGAAGGGGGAGCGCCAGAUGGCCAAGCGGUUCCUGGAGGAGCGGAAGGAGGAGCUGGAGGAGGUGGCGCACGAGCUGGCCGAGACGGAGCACGAGAACAACCUGCUGAGGCACAACAUCGAGCGCAUCAAGGAGGAGAAGGACUUCACCGUGCUUCAGAAGAAACACCUGCAACAGGAGAAGGAGUGCCUCAUGUCCAAGCUGGUCGAGGCGGAAAUGGACGGAGCCGCGGCCGCCAAGCAAGUCAUGGCCCUGAAGGACACCAUCGGAAAGCUGAAAACGGAAAAACAGAUGACUUGCACGGACAUCAACACCCUCACGAGGCAAAAGGAGCUUCUGCUGCAGAAGCUGAGCACGUUUGAGGAGACCAACCGCACCCUCCGAGACCUGCUGAGGGAGCAGCACUGCAAAGAGGAUUCCGAAAGACUAAUGGAGCAACAAGGAGCACUGCUGAAGCGGCUGGCGGAGGCCGACUCCGAGAAAGCGCGCCUGCUGUUAAUGCUGCAAGACAAGGACAAGGAGGUGGAAGAGCUCCUGCAGGAGAUACAGUGUGAGAAGGCUCAAGCAAAGACAGCGUCUGAGCUUUCCAAGUCCAUGGAGUCCAUGCGUGGGCAUUUGCAGGCGCAGCUUCGGUGCAAGGAGGCCGAGAACAGCCGCCUGUGCAUGCAGAUCAAGAACCUGGAACGAAGUGGGAACCAGCACAAGGCAGAAGUGGAAGCCAUCAUGGAGCAGCUGAAGGAGCUGAAGCAGAAGGGAGACCGCGACAAGGAAGCCCUGAAGAAGGCCAUCCGGGCCCAGAAGGAGCGGGCCGAGAAGAGCGAGGAAUACGCCGAGCAGCUGCACGUGCAACUCGCCGACAAGGAUCUUUAUGUUGCUGAAGCUUUAUCUACUCUGGAGUCGUGGAGGAGCCGCUACAACCAGGUGGUGAAAGACAAGGGAGACCUCGAGCUGGAAAUUAUUGUCCUGAACGACCGGGUGACAGAUCUUGUAAACCAACAACAAACCUUGGAGGAGAAGAUGCGGGAAGACCGGGACAGCUUGGUGGAGAGACUACACCGUCAGACGGCCGAGUAUUCCGCAUUCAAGCUGGAGAACGAGAGGCUGAAGGCUAGCUUUGCCCCAAUGGAGGACAAGCUCAACCAGGCACACAUCGAGGUCCAGCAGCUGAAGGCAUCGGUGAAGAACUACGAGGGGAUGAUUGACAACUAUAAGAGUCAGGUGAUGAAGACGAGGUUGGAGGCCGACGAGGUGGCUGCCCAGUUAGAGCGCUGUGACAAAGAGAACAAGAUCCUGAAAGACGAGAUGAACAAGGAGAUCGAGGCGGCUCGGCGGCAGUUCCAGUCCCAGCUGGCUGACCUUCAGCAACUGCCUGACAUCCUCAAGAUCACGGAGGCUAAGCUGGCCGAGUGCCAAGACCAGCUGCAGGGCUAUGAGAGGAAGAACAUUGACCUCACAGCCAUCAUAUCAGACCUGCGCAGCCGGGUAAGGGACUGGCAGAAAGGGUCCCACGAACUGGCCCGAGCAGGGGCCCGCUUACCAAGAUGAGCUGCACGCCCCCAGGGAGGACCACUUCCUUUUCCUUGGCUGCUGCUUUCUGAAAGAAGUGAGCUAUCAUCAGUGCUGUGAAAUAAAGUCUGGUGUGCCAAA